AUGACUGAUCCAAUUCAAUCGUCAUCAUCAUCGAUAGAAGUGAAAAUAGAGCAACAACCACUCACCUGUCCCUCCUGUCCAACCGGACCUGAUGCAAUUCCCGUCUGGCUCAGAGACCGCACCGAAACCUGGAUAGAAUGCGACAACUGCGAUAUUUGGUAUCAUGCUGUAUGUGUUAAUGUAGACCCGACCGACGUAGAACGUAUAGAGAAUUAUGUGUGCUCAAAGUGUGCACAGACUACCACGCAGACUACAACAUGGCUACGCACGUCAACGAGAGAGCAUUCGAGGAUCAAUUAUGCCGAUUUAGAUAAUGGAGAUAUGGCAGCUUGUACAAAGGGGGAGAGAGGCGGAAACAAGUGGAAGAAGUUAUUGGAAGAAAAGAGGUUUACAGCUAAUAGGUUUAAAAAAAUGAGAGGCAGUGAAUUGACAUUGGAAUGGGUCAAGAAGAAUGGAUUUGACGAACCGAUUAUAAUAGAGGACGCUGAGGGUUUGGAUAUGGUCAUGCCUGGCGCAGACACUACCGUGAGUGAUAUUGCCGUAGCUGUUGGCCUCGACCAUCCAGUCGACGUAAUAGACGUCUCCACACAGCAAGAACUCCAAGGCUGGACCAUGGAAUCCUGGGCAGCCUUCUUCGAAGACCCAAAUCGCACAGAUACAUUAAAUGUAAUAUCUCUCGAAGUCAGCGACACGCCCUUUGCAUCUCAAAUAGUACGUCCUCGCAUCGUACGAGAACUUGACUGGAUCGAAAACGUCUGGCCACGGCAUCUCCGUUUAACGGAAUAUCCCAAAGUUCAGUUAUACUGUCUAAUGUCAGUUAAAGAUUCGUAUACCGAUUUUCACAUAGACUUUGGAGGAACAUCCGUGUUCUACCACAUCAUUAGAGGAGAGAAAAAUUUCUACUUCAUCGAACCGACACCGAAAAAUAUGAAGAGAUAUGAAUCAUGGAUUAGUUCUCCUGACCAGAGUUUGAAUUUUUUCGCUGAUUUUGUCAAAGAGUGUCAAAUCGUCAAGUUGAAGACUGGAAACACGAUGAAUAAUCGUAAUAGAUUGUUGUUACGGAUAAUCCCAACAGGCUGGAUCCAUGCAGUCUUUACACCUGCCGAUUCAAUUGUAAUUGGCGGUAAUUUUCUACACAGUAUGGGCAUCAGCGGUCAGUUACGGACGUUUGAGUUAGAGCGACGAGCUCAUGUAAAUAUUAUCGAUGAGAAGACGGAUAAUAACAAACCUUACGGCAAGAUGAAGAAUGACGCUCCACACUCCCUCUGCUCGACCGAGAUAGACGGCCUAACAGAAUUAACCAAAUUCCUUCGACGACAACUUGCAAAACUUGAUAAAUCGAGUGGAGUCUCUUCAGAGGAACGCAAGGCAAUCAGGAACGCUAUGCCCGACAAUGUAACUGAUCCUUCGCAGUUAACAAGGAGAUUGCAGAGGCGAUUAAACAGAGUCUUAAUACAACGGUUAGAAGUAGCCAAGGAUGAGUUGGAGGCAUGCUUGGUGCGAAUGAAAAGAGAGAGAGAAGAGGAUUGA